CCGAGAUCUGUGGAGGAAAGUGAAAUCAUUUAUUAAAAAAAUUUAGUUUUUAAGGUUUUCAUUGAAAAAUUCAAUAAAAUAGCUACAAUUAAAUGCAAUAGAUAUUCUGUAAGCUCAGAAAAUUUUCUUAAGAACCUAGUAUUCUUAGACCUUACUCGGGUGCUACGGGAAUGUUCAGCUGCAGAUAGUUUACUUUUGAUCCAAGAUUCGCAAGGCUUAAUUAAUCAAAACAAUUCGGAGGCUCGCUGUCUCUACAUUGCAGAGACUUUGAGACUAAUCGGUCCGUCAGCGUCAAACAGUGAGUGUAGUUUAGUGGGCGUUGCAAUGUAUCAGUGAAAGGCCAGCGGCCGAAGGCGACCCGCUGAGGGUGUCAUGCUGGAGACGCGGUCGGCGCGCGCCGCAGAUUCGGUGUGGGCUAGUAAGCCGCUGCCAGCACCUAACGCCAUGGCCAAUACGAGGCACGGGAAGAACGCUCAGGAUGACGUGUGCUAUGUUGUAGCAAAGUACGAUUAUGCAGCUCAAGGUGCCCAAGAGUUGGAUCUUCGUAAAAACGAGAGGUACCUUCUGCUUGACGAUUCGAAACACUGGUGGCGCGUGCAGAAUGCUCGCAGCCAGUCUGGUUACGUGCCCAGCAAUUAUGUCAAGAAAGAGAAACCAUCGCUUUUUGACAGUAUUAAGAAGAAAGUGAAGAAGGGUUCGGGCUCGAAGACACUCCCGUCGAACAGUUCGCCGGUGCGCGGGGCGGGGCCCGAGUCCCCCAGCGCCGCCCGACGGACGGACGCCGGCGACGCGCUGGGGGCGGCGCUCGUCAAGUACAACUACCAGGCGCAGCAACCCGACGAGCUCUCGCUCACCAAGGGCACGCGCAUCCUCAUCCUGGAGAAGAGCAACGACGGCUGGUGGCGCGGCCAGUACCAGGGACACACCGGCUGGUUUCCAUCGAAUUACACGAGCGAAGAAGGUGACAAUGAAGACCCCGUGCACACCUACGCGAUGGCUGAAAACGUUCUGGACAUUGUUGUGGCGCUGUACUCGUUCUCGUCGAACAACGAGCAGGAGCUGUCGUUCGAGAAGGGCGACCGGCUGGAGAUCGUGGAGCGGCCGCCCUCCGACCCCGAGUGGUACCGCGCGCGCGACCACCGCGGCCGCCUGGGCCUCGUGCCGCGCAACUACCUGCAGGAGCUGGCCGACUACCUGGCGCUGCCCUACGCCGAGCGGCCCCCGGACCGCGGGCCCGCCGGCCGCGCCUGGUACUACGGCGCCAUCACGCGCACGCACUGCGACGCGCUGCUCAACCAGCACGGACACGACGGCGACUUCCUCAUCCGCGACUCGGAGACCAACGCGGGCGACUACUCCGUGUCGCUCAAGGCGCCCGCGCGCAACAAGCACUUCCGCGUGCACGUGGAGGGCGGCGCCUACUGCAUCGGCCAGCGCAAGUUCCCCUCGCUGGAGCUGCUGGUGGCGCACUACCAGCGCGCGCCCAUCUACACCAACAAGCACGGCGAGAAGCUGUACCUCGUGCGCCCGCUGCCGCGCCCCACGCUCUGCUGAUCCGCAUGCGACAACAUUCACUACUUUAAGGCCUUCAGUUAAAGGGUAUUUUAGCUCCUCACCCCUUGUCAGUUAAGGUUCCCACCAACGUCACGCCGGACUCGCAGGUCGUUCGUAAUCAUUAUUAGAAUACAUACAUUAUCAGCUAGCGACAACUUCACUUAUCAUUAAACUAUUACAAUCAUAAUCGCUUGACGUUUUCUGUAGUUUUAAAUAAUACUCAUUGCAUACAGUAACACGACGCUCAGUGCUCCGCGCGCGCCGCCGUGCUCUGGUCGGAGGGACGCACUAUGGGAGGACGUUCAUUAAAUGAAUAAAAAUUUCAGAAUAUAUCUUAUUCAAAAAAUAAUCUUCAAAAUGUAUGUGAAAUUAAUUUAAAUACAUUAAAUAGGUUUUUAUAUUAUCUUAGCUUUUAAAUAUAGCAGCCGACACGGCUCUAUGUCGCGCGGGGGCGACCGGGAGCUGCGCCCCCCUGCCCCGGUGCUCCGCCGGCGGCGCACUCAUAUAGCGUUAAUCUGAAAUAUAUCGAUAGGGGAACGUCGCAAAUCAGUCUUCGCAAAAUUAGUCAAUAUUAUAUGGAUAUAGUAUUUGAUAGCUAGAAAGAAUAUUACCAGUCAAAACCUAUGGAGCGAGGAGACUUGGCACGACUUAAUUACGCGGUUAUGCACGACGCGCACCGCACAAUGGUAACGCACGACGCGGCGGUGUGCGGCGUGGUGUCUGUCCCACCGCCAGAUAGUCCUAGAUAAAUUCAUUAAUGAAACUUAUCCAAAAUGUCAAAAAUCGGCAUCAUCGGGAUGUCAUUUGUCGUACCUACUAUAUUACUCAUUAAUGCUUUGUGAAUUGUAUCAAUAAAAAAGUUUAUUGAUAUUUGAUGUCAAAUCGUAGUUCACGGGCUCGAAAAAUGUUGACCGAAACAGGUUCAACUGAGAACUUGAUUACGGUUUUGGAAGCCCCCGAUAUAGUACCCCGGCAGGCACCCGCGCCCCCCGCCCCCGCCCCCGCCCCCUGCACGUCUCGCUCUAAGCGCGCGCAGUAAGCGAGACGUGACGUCAGCGGCGCGCGGACACGUCACGUCACUGGACGGAUCUGUAUUCAGUGUGCUUAGUGCGAGUUUCUUAACGUUCUCGAUAGCGUAAAAGCUAACCCCAUUUUGUAUGCAGUUAGAAUAGCGCCCUUAGUGGCAAACGUACGCAAACGAUUCCAUUCCAUACAAAUAUGAGCUAACUUUUACGCUAUGGAGAACGUUAAAAAACUCGCACUAAAGCACACUGAAAACGAUCACGUGGUUACGUGCUGCGCCCUCUACCCUGUGGGAUGAGCACGAUAUUUACUUUAGGGAUCAUAAUGCAUCAACGAAACGCUGAAGUCUAAACCGAACAUUGUGUUAACACGUAGACAAUUAAUUGUACAACAUUUUAUAUUGUAAUUUAUACAUUGUAGUCGUAUUUAUACUGAAUCGUAUUUCGAAUCAAUAUUAUUUGUAACAGCUAUCUCUGUCACUCAUAAGCGUAAGAAAGGGAUGGCUGAUUUCAAUAUUCGUUCAGAGUACACAAUUAUUGAAUUAUUAAUAUUGUACGAGAUCGUCACGUCUUCAAUGAACAGUGACAGUAAAACUAGUGAAUACUGACAGUGGCAGCUAAUUGCGUUGUUAUUAUUAUUUUUGUAAUUAUUUUUCUAGUUAAGGUAAAAAAGAAGGUUUUUAUUUCGGACAAAUUUUUUGUUUCACUUUUUUCAAGGUAAAUAAGUAUUGAUUUAUUUUUGUUAAAAAAUUUUAAGUGACUUCCACAAACGAGUACCUCUGAGAAAUGACUGAUUUCAUAUAAAGUUGUUUAGGGACACGAACGGGCGGUUGUUCCCGCAGCCUGCAGCCGCGCUCUCUGCGCCGAACUAUAUUUGCAUUUACAUAAAUCAUUUAUUUUUGUAACGAUAUUGUUUUUGUCUCUUUCUCACAUUCGAUGGAUGGUUUUGAGCAGUGAAGAUACAGUAAAUAUUUUCCGAUAUUUAGAUGCUUCUUUUAGAAGUCAGUUUUAUAAUUCAUUGUGGAAUAUUGACAUUGGCGGCCAAUUUGCGACUGUCACUCCCUUAGUAUGAGAGGAAAAUAAUCUGACAACCCUAGAGUCCUGCAAUCGCACCUAACGGGACAGCUACCGGUUGUCAGCCGGCUAGGUGACAUUGUUAACGACAUGGCUGUGCGUUGCGUCCAGUGUGCGCUUAUAAUAAAAAUAGUAUUCAUCGCAUUUAUUGUUUGAUUAGAAUAGACAGCGCACAUGGGCCCGCGAGCCGCCCACGUGUGUACAUUUUCGAGGUUAGUUCGAAGCGGCUGCUUGUGACUUGUGUCGUGCUCACUGCUGGCAGUACUGCUGCGGUACUAGUGCCAUAUCAGACGAUACUGUUCCGGUACUGGUGCCAUACCAGGCGAUACUAUUCCGGUACUAGUGCCAUACCAGGCGAUACUGUUCCGGUAAUAGUGCCAUACCAGGCGAUACAGUUCUAGUACUAGUGCCAUACCAGGCGGUGCUGUUCUGGUACUAGUGUUAUACCAGACUACACUAGUGCCGUACCAGGCAAUACUGUUCCGGUACUAGUGCCGUACCAGGCAAUACUGUUCCGGUACUAGUGCCAUACCAGGCGAUACUGUUCUGGUACUAGUGCUAUACCAGGCUAUACUAGUGCCGUACCAGGUGAUACUGCUAGCGGUACUAGUGCCGUACUGCUACGGUGCUAGUGCGAUACAAGACCGCUUCUAACAUGACUUCUGAUACUAAAUAUGCAAUCUGUAUAUGUGGUUGUCAACGUAUUUUACGACUGACUAAACUAUAUUUAGUAUAAUUUUGUUGUUUUUUUUUACGCAAAAUUCUCAUUAUUUGUAAGCUUGAAAGGUGUUUCUUUACAAAGUAGAAUUUUCUUACAAAUAAAAAAAUACUAUUCAACCAUAAAAAUAUGGUGUCCGAAAUAUGGUGGCACAAUAAAUUUUAUAUAUACUAGUUAUAAUACAGUUCUUCAUUUCGACUCCCGAACGUUACGACAAAGUCACAGGCGACGCGCGAGCUCCCAGCCUCCCCGAUGCAUUUGUACGUUGUGUAGUCGGGGCGCGGUCGAUUGUGACGUCACAGUGAGUGCUAGCUCGCAGUCGCGGUGACGAACCCGUUAGCGAAGUUGAGGAGUCUGAACGAUCUCCAGCACUCGACACUUUUGCAACGAUCACUCGGAAGGGUUUCUGGGAACUGUUUUUUGUAUGUAUCGCGUAGGUUAGACGUGCCGAUGUAGUUUAUAAACUGAUGUCAUUUAUAGCCUUUUUGUACACGAAGCGUUAAUUAAAUAUAACAUAUUGUAACUUGCACUAAUCAAUUAAGCUUUACUCGUAAAACUAUGCCAAAAUGAAUUAAUGAAAUUGGAUCUACAUUCCCUGAAGCAUCUCGUACCGGCGACGACGGCCGAGUCUGAUUUGUGUACCGCGCCGCGGACACGCCUCGAUAUACUAAUACACUUUUGUAUUUUUAUAAUAAAUAACGAUUAAGAUAAUAUUAAACUAGUCAAAAACAUCGUUUAGUUAUUAUAUUAACUGAAAAGUAACUAGUGAUUAAAUAAUUAAGUGCUUGUUUCGUCAACGGUCCCGUCAUAGAAAACGCGGUGUGAUUUAAGGGAUUUGUAGGGUAGCGGCAACAGCAUAAGUGAGCUGUCUGCGUGAUGCCCGCGGGCAGCUGCAUCCGGCGCGGAGGCGAGGACGGGCUGGAUUCCCACAUCGACCCAUACGGUUGUCAUAUGAGGCAAACAACAUCUCUACAACAGUUGUCAUUUAAGAUUCAUCCGCGUCGGGUUGCGUCGGUCGGCUGUAAAUAAUAGUUUGCCUAACUUUUUUAUUCCAUAAUAAUUAUUCCCAGUGUUUUGUACGGACGGUGUAUAUACACCCGUUAUAGUUAAGGCGGUACAGACUUGCUUAUUUAGUUGUAGUUCCAGAAGGUUCGUUCUCUGUGACGUCACGAGUGAUGUUCCGUAGUAGAGUCCCGGCCGAGGUCCGGAUGUAAAUCAGAUUCGCCAGUCGCGCCGCGUCGUCGUACCGCCACACGCACCAGCUUGGAACGGUCGAUCUUUCAAUAAGUAUAAUUAGUAUUUAGACAUGUAAUAGAGUGAUUGAGUUUUUUUUUUUUAUAUUGCUCAAAGGUAUAUGAUUUUAUAAUGAUUUAUUAUAUUUAAACUUAGCGUUUGGAAUGUUUGAUGUACAUUGUAUGGUAUAACGCGCAUAUUAUAUGUAAUAUCGUAAGUGCAGUGUAUUAUAUUUAACAUUAUAAUUUAUUUAUUAAUUUGCUAAUUUGGUUUAAUUGUUCAACACCUUUAUUGAUUUUUUUAAAUAUUUCAUUAAACAUUAAUCAUAGUCCUUUUGAGGUUGAUGGUCACGUCACGGCCUAAACAAAUCCGCGAAGUUGUUCAGACGAGCGCGUGAGUCCAGUCCGCGGUAGUCGGUCGCUCGCUGCGGCACACGUGACCCUGUGAGUCCAGGAGCCACAGCAAUGCUCACGCCAGAAGUCAU